AUGAGUCAACCGCCCCCGGACCAGGACCAGCAGCUCCUCCAGGACGCUCUGACGUUGCUCAUGUUCGCCAAUGCUGCUGCUGGCAAUCCUAGUCUGCCUCAACAACCGUCGCCACCCCAGGUGGCGCAACCACCGCCGCUGAACCCGGCUACAAAGCCACCGGUCUUGCCACACACUGGUCGAGCUCAGCCCCUCCAAACGCUGCCGCAGAUGCCAUCCCAGCCGCCACUUAGACCAGUGGGGGCGAUCCAGCAACCGAAAUAUAACUAUCCUGGCUACUACAACUGGCAAGGGACGCUGUCGCCGCCGCAAACCCACGCGGCCCAGCCAGCGUUCGCUCCGCCGCAGCCGUCACAUAUGGCGACAUCACACUCGCCCAAAGCUACCCAGAGACCCUCGCAACCAUCAUACCCUCGAGAGAUCAUCGCUCAACGCCACUUGCUGGACCCUCAGCCCGCAGCCGCCCCGCCGGUGGCUCCUCGGCCUCCUCAGGCUCCGCCUCGCAAGGUGAACAUUUUCUCGCUUCUAGAUGGAUCAGAGAAACCCCCGGCACCAGUGAAAACCGAGUCUGACCCGGGUUUGAAGCCAACAGCGAUGGCACCGCUCCCACCGCUUCCUGCUGCUCAACCGGUGGCCACAGCGCCAGCGGCGCCUCGAGCUCCUCUGGUGCCCCACAAGUCGCUGAUCAACAUGUUCUUGAACGAAGAUACCCCUGCUGUCAGCAUCAAGCAAAAGCUGGUUCUGCCGCCCCAGUCCCACGAGCCCAUCGUCCCCCCCACUAAUCGUCAUCUGAGACUGAAACUGUCACCGGCUAAUCCGGGACCGCCGCCGCUUCUGGCGACACAGGCGAUGCUGGGCAUUGAUUUGAAGCUGAAGGAACGCAGCAACAAGAAUGCCAUGAUUGCCGCUCGGGCGCUUGCGGCUGCCGCUGAAGUACCGUUGACUCCUCAACAGCGUGAAGUGGAACGCCAGGCCUACGACGCCACUAAGGUGAAAGUGGAGCCACACAUGCCUCGCUCCAUUGACGUUGCUGUUGAUCAAAAGCCUCCCGUGGCCACUACAGCACCUGCAGUAGCCGCACCGCCUCGUCAGUCACCUUCCCCUAAAUCGCAACAACCAAAGCCUCGCUCAAAACUGGCUACCCCGAAACCAUUACCUGUGCCGUCCCAACCGGCGCAAUCUGCUGGUCCUCAACACCCCGCUGGUCGGGCUGAAGCCACCGUGAUCCCUCCGCUAGAGACCUAUCGUGUCGACCCCGACCUGGGACUCAUUGGGUGUAUUUGUGGUCUUGAGGACGACGAUGGCUUUACUAUCCAGUGUGACCAGUGUUUCCGGUGGCAGCACUGUUUGUGCAUGGGCUACAAGACUCAGGAAGAAGUCCCCGAGAACGAGUACAAGUGCUACUACUGUGACCCGGCUAAACACGGUAAGUUCGAUCCAUCAUCGUGCCGUGAAGCUACUCUCAGACGGUUAAACGUGGAACUGACGAAGCAACCGCUGCCGAAAAAGCGCAAGCCGCUGAGCGGCGACUCUUCUGCCAAUAAGAAACGCAAACUGGUACCCACGGAGCCGGUGAAGCCGGCACCAAGACCACCGCUGCCGGUUCUGAUUUUGGACCAACUUCCAAUCAAGGACAAUCCAUUGCUUACUGAUGGCGUUACCACGGAAACUUACCAACUGGUGUACUUUAAAGUGAAACAAAAUGACUUUAAGACCCCUGAGUUGCGUCGCAGUCUUACUUCACUUCUGACCACGAAAGCGGUUGAGCAUUUGGAAGACGAAGAUGGCAAAUUCAAGCAUUUGAAGUUUGCCAAAGUGGUGUUACCCAAUCAUCAAAAGUACAUGGCUGAACACCUUCGCAAUAUCCUCACCAAGAAAAAGCGUCACAAUCAAUUCAGUAUCCAAGUGAAGCCGUAUGUGGAGAACACCAAGCUGAAGUUCAAUGGUAUCUCGAAGAUGGGGUUAUUCAUUGGUAGCAGUGACUCUGACAUUAAUGUGGUACCUAAGGGUACACUCGUGGUGGAGUAUCUUGGUGAGAUUGAUCUCUUUGAAAACUACGUGAGUGAAAAGAUAAACCAGUACCCUCACUGGGGGGUCCCCAAGCCGCACGUGCUCAAGCUGAAACUUGGGGAUUCCGAGAUUGUGGUGGAUGCCCGCUUCGUUGGUAACGAGCUGAGAUUCAUUCGUAAACUGUGUCCGCACGCGGCUAACUGUCGGGUCCGUCCAGUGUACGAUGCCGAGGCUGGUCUUCGUUUUCUCGUGGAAACUACCAAAGAUAUUGAGAUUAAGGAUGACCUCAUGACCGAAUUGAAGUUGCCCUGGGAGUGGGACCCGACUCACCCGAUCCUUUCUCUCUACGGCCCCAAUCCUGCAGAGCUCAAGUUUGAUCUGGCGGUGCCGCUGGCCGAUAAGCCGGCGCUUAUGCUGUACAUCGACAACAUCCUCUUCUUCUGCGAGUGUGCGUGUAUGACUGGUCCCGAUGCUGUUUCCAGCUGUGCUGUACUUAAGGUGAAGAAGGCGAUGGCUCAAGUGAUGAGAAGCACGCGUAAAGCUCUGAGUAUUGCCAAUGUCAACUUAGUUAAAACUAAGGAAGAAGUCAUUUUCCCUCAACUGCAUAAACAGUACGUUCUGUGGGCAGAGAGACUCGUACAACGAGACAAUAUCAUUCGUCUUCAGGUCGAAGUGAAGCUGGAGGAUACUAUGGCCGAGGGUGUAUUGGUGGAGAAGCCUCAAGCUAAGCCGAAGGAAUUAUUUGAUGUACCGUACCGGGAACAAUUGAUUGAGCGUCACCAACCGGCAGUGCCACCAGCAAAGUCCAAUCCUGUGGAUGCUGACAUGGCGUUCCCCAUUGUGCCUGAGCUUGCUCAACGCAUUGACAAAAUUAUCGAUGAAAGACUUAAGCCGAUUCAAGCCACCUCCAGUGGUCAAAAUGAUGACACUACUAAGAAGGAGCUCAUCUCAGCAUCGUCGCCGAUACUGGCAUCUAACGUGGUCAAGGAGGAAGCGGUGAAGAAAGAAGCCAAGCCUGAACUGGCGCCUCAACCACCCAAACCGGUGAAAAAGCUUUCAUUUGCCGAUUACAAGAAGAAGAUGAAGUAG